AUGGAGAGAAUUCACACCAAAGAGAGGAAGAGGCAGGAGAAGUCGGAAGCCGGUGCUGCCGGUGCCUUGCAAGCCCGGCGAGGGAGGCGAGGCGAGGCGAGGCGAGCCUCGGCCGGCGCCCUCCUCCUCCUCCUCGCCGUCGCCGCCGUCUGUCCGCGCCAGGACCGCACCUCUCCUCGGGCUGCCCCAGCCAUGUUCAACCAGCAGCACUUCCAGCAGCAACUGCUGCAGCUCCAGCACCUCCUCCAGCAGCAGCAACCGCCGACGCCCCAACAACAGCCGACGCCACCAAGCCGGGGCGUGGCGCCAUCCCAGCAGCAACAGAUGCUAAAUUUGCGGGCUACCAGUCAAGCGUCGCUCCUCAGCGCCAAUCCCAUGCUUCAGCGGGCCCUGCUUCUCCAGCAGAUGCAAGGUAACUUGAGAGGAUUUAACAUGGCAGCCGCCCCGGUGCUGCAGCAGUUUUUCCCUCAGGCAACGAGACAUUCGCUUUUGGGUCCCCCUCCUGUUGGGGUCUCCUUAAAGCCGGCCCGCCUGGCUUUCCCUACUCUCCCGUUUCAGCGGCAGAACCGGGCCUUUCGCAAGGACUUCCCGAGGGUUCCUGAGAGGAAGCGGGAGGCAGAUUCUGCGUCGUCCUCUUCUCAGGGGCAAGGAGCGGCCGAGAGCGGCCCUACACCGGACGACUCUGCCAGUAAAGCAGAAUCCGAGCAGUCUAGUUUUUCACCUUCAGAGACACCAAGAGAAUCAACGCCAGAUGGCCAGCCUGUCGCCAAGCGUCUAAGAAGCGAAAUUGAAGACUCUGUCCCCGACGAAACGGCAUGCCUCCCACAAGCGGAGGAGUCCAUCGCCGAAUCCCUCCUGGAAGAGGCAGACAAUGAGAAAGAGAACUUGGCUGCAGAUGUUCCCAAGGAGAAGGAUUUCGCUGAGGAGCUGAAUACUUCAGAGGUGGUCAGCACCGCCGGCUCCUUGAAAGUUACAAUCCAGCAGAGCAGCGAGAGCCGGGCGAUUAGCACCACGGCCCUGAAGCCGGCGCACUGGACCUCUGAGAUGGGCGCAGCCGAGACCAGCCCUGAGUCUGCCCUGAAGUUCUAUUGUUACAUCUGCAAGACUGACUGCUGCAACCAGCAGAAUUUCCAGAUUCACAUGACCGGCCUCCAACACCAGCAGCGGCUACAGGAGAUCCAGCACAUGAGUAACAUUUGUUUAGUCUCAUUGCUGCCCAUGAUGAAGGAGCAGCAGCCUCUGGCCGGGGCAGAUGGAGAGAGCCAGCAGCGAUGGUGUAACACCUGUCAGAUGAAUUUUACAGGUGACCUGAUAAAGCAUCGGCGGACUCAAGAACAUAAGCUCGCCAAGCGCUCUCUCCGCCCCUUUUGCACAGUGUGCAGCCGCCACUUCAAGAGCCCGCGCAAGUUUGUGGAGCACAUGAAGUCCCUGGAGCACAAGGAGAAGGCCAAAGAGGUGAGAUUGGGUGAGAAGGAGCGAGGCGGGCCAGAGGACUCCGAGGAGCUUAUAACGGUUGAUGCUGUCGGCUGUUUUGAAGAGGAGGAGGAGGAAGAAGAGGAAGAGGAGGAGGAAGAAGCUGGAGAGGAGGAUGGCGACCCUGAAGUGGACAAGGAGGAGCCUCUUCCCAAGCAGGUUGGACUGAAGGAAGUGUCAUCAGAAGACGCUGGAGGAAACGAGGAAUACUGUCCAGAUACCAUCUAUGGCCCGGAUUUCCUGGUCCCCGUGGCAGGAUUCCUCUGCAGGCUGUGUCACAAAUUCUACCAUAGCGACUCGGCCGGCCGGCUCACCCACUGCAAGUCCCUGAUGCACUUUGAAAACCUCCAGAGGUACAAAGCCACAAGGAUGCAGGCCGUGCCUCCGGAGCCUUCCGCGCAUCCUCCGCAGGAGCCAGGUGACCAACGGACUGCCGUCGCUGCUAACACGGAGGAUAAAACUGAUCAUGCCGAAAAGGCAGCCGUGGUCUUAAAGGAAGCUGGGGGGUCUCCGAGGGAGGAAGAGGCCCUUGCAGCCCAGGGGAUUCACCCAGCAGUUCUUGAAAGCGGGGAUGCGUGCAGAGCCCUUUCCACGGAAGAUGGAGAUGAGGAAAGCCAUCUUUCCACGCUGAGCGACAGCGCCUUGGGCCAAGACGACACCAUUGCGAUGGGGGAAGCAAGAGGACUGUGUACAGAGAAACAGGAACCCUGCAAGGAAACGAAGCUGGAAGCCGUCUCGGGGAGAGCCUCGGCAGACGAAGCGGAGCGUGGCGCAGACGAAGCCCCGGGCAGCCAAGAGCAGGAGAAGGAAGCGGAACCCCUCGCCCCAGCCAGGGGGGAGUCCUCGUCCGGCCGCAGGCGUUCGACGAGGCGGCGGGCCCGAUAAUGGAAGCACUCUCUCCAUGUAGAUUAUUCCCGGAAAGGUUUUAUUCCACCACCCCCAUUCCCCCUUUGUCUUCUACUUUUAGGCAAAAAGUCUGCUAUAGUUUUGCUGCAGUUUUUGUUAAAUUAAAAGGAGGGGGAAAAAAGCAA